GCGAGAGCAGCUCUGGUCAGGUAAGUAUCGGGGGCGUUCCACGAUAAGGGGCAGUUAUGACGGUGGCCUAGGAACGUUCUCUUGGCUUUCCUUUCGGGGACCUAGGGGAACUCUGCUACAGAGCUGGAUCGGCCUUCGCGCUGAGAAGACCUCAUUCCUGAGAUCAGGCCUCACCUGGAUAAGCCCAGAUUUUCUUGAAAAUUAAUUUGUUAAACUGGUUAUGCUGCUGUACAUUAUUUUUGGAUUGCUCAUACAUUUUGUGUUCUUCGCCUCCAUCUUUGACAUUUAUUUUACAUCUCCUUUGGUUCAUGGAAUGACUCCUCAGUUUACACCGUUGCCUCCCCCAGCAAAAAGAUUAGUGCUGUUUGUUGCUGACGGCCUGCGAGCAGAUAAACUUUAUGAAUUAGACGAAAAUGGAAAUUCUAGGGCACCAUUUAUUAGGGAUAUCAUAAUGCAUAAAGGCAGCUGGGGGAUAUCUCACACACGUGUGCCAACUGAAUCCCGGCCAGGCCAUGUAGCCCUGAUAGCAGGGUUUUAUGAAGAUGUCAGUGCAGUUGCCAAAGGAUGGAAGGAAAAUCCUGUAGAAUUUGAUUUCCUUUUUAAUGAAACCAAUUACUCAUGGAGCUGGGGAAGUCCAGAUCUCUUGGUUAUGUUUUCCAAAGGGGCUAAAAGAAAUAAUGUUUUUCCAUGUAGUUAUGAUGCCAGCAGUGAAGAUUUUGGUGCCCAGGAUGUAACAAAACUGGAUACCUGGGUUUUUGAUAAUGUUAAGGAACUCUUUCGUGGUGCCAGAAACAAUCAAUCUUUGUUUUCUAAACUAAAUGAAGACAAAAUAGUUUUUUUCUUACAUUUAUUAGGAAUAGAUACAAAUGGACAUGCUCACCGACCAUCAUCAAGGGAUUAUUUGGAUAAUAUUAAAAUAGUUGAUGAUGGAUUGAAAGAAAUUGAAUCUACUCUUAAAGAUUUUUAUGGAAAUGAUGAGAAAACAGCAUUUAUCUUUACCUCUGAUCAUGGAAUGACAGACUGGGGUUCCCAUGGGGCUGGUCAUCCUUCAGAGACUAAUACUCCUUUUGUCACUUGGGGAGCUGGAAUCAAGUAUCCUCAAAGAGUGUCAGCUCAGAAAUUUGAUGACACAUAUUUGGAAGAAUGGAAAUUGGAGAACUGGAAGAGGCACGAUGUCAAUCAGGCUGAUAUUGCACCAUUGAUGGCUUCUCUUAUUGGAGUUCCCUUUCCUCUUAAUUCAGUGGGGAUCCUUCCUGUGGAUAUAUUAAACACCACUGACCUCUUCAAAGCAGAGAGCAUGUUUACAAAUGCAGUACAGAUCCUUGAACAAUUCAAGGUGAAAAUGACUCAGAAAAAAGAAGCUACUUUAUCGUUUUUGUUUACACCCUUUAAGUCACUUUCUGAUUCUAAGCAGAUCAACAUUUUAAGAAAAGCAAGAUCUUAUAUAAAACAAAAGAAGUAUGAUGAAGCAGUCUCCCUUUGCAAGGAGCUGAUUAAUCUUGCAUUAAAAGGAUUAUCCUAUUAUCACACUUACGACAGAUUCUUUUUGGGCUUCAAUGUUGUUCUUGGUUUUGUGGGAUGGACAUCUUAUGCUUCUUUAUUGAUCAUCAAGUCUCAUUGCAACCUUACCAUAGGUGUUAGUAAAGAAGUCAAGAAACCAAGCCAUCUCCUGCUUUGUAGUUUUGUAGCUCUUGGCCUUUUAGUGGCACUUUUCCUGCUGCUUCAAGCCUGUCCCUGGACUUACUAUGUCUAUUGUUUGCUGCCAUUGCCAAUAUGGUAUGCCGUUCUAAGAGAAUUUCCAGUUAUUCAAGACUUUGUCACAUUAUUGUUGACCAACCCUCCAAAUCACUUUGUUGGAUACUUGUUACUCUUUAUCCUGGGAGUUGAAGUAUUAGUUGUCAGUUUUUUCUACCGCUAUAUGCUUACAGCUGGACUCAUCGCAUUUGCAGGUUGGCCAUUUAUCACUCCACUGUGGACUCGAGCAAAGAGCACCUCACUGAGUUGGAUUUUCUUCUGUUUGCUCCUGGCAGUGUUCCCACUGAUGCCUGUUGUAGGACGAAAGCCAGAUAUCUUUCUAGUAAUGGGUGCAGGCCUGCUGGUUCUUCUGCUAUCCCUGCUUGUUUUAACGUUUGUCAUAAGAAGAAAAAAUGGUUUUGUAAAUGAAGAGCUGGUGUUAUAUCUAUUACAGAUGCUGAGUGUGGUGGUUUCCAUUUGUGUUGUAUAUGGCACCCAUAAUAGUCUACUCAAGAAACAAGGUCUGCCUCUUACUAAUCAGAUUGCUAGCUGGAUAAUAUUAGCCUCUUCCUUGGUCAUACCUCUACUGAGUUCUCCGAUUCUGUUUGAUCGAUUAUUUAGCAUUCUUCUUUCCUUGAUGUCGACCUACCUACUUCUAAGCACAGGGUAUGAAGCUCUUUUUCCAUUAGUACUGUCAUGUUUGAUGUUUGUCUGGAUAUACAUGGAACAAGAAACCCUGCAGCAAUCUGGUAUUUCCUGUAAACAGAAGCUUUCCACUAUCCAGUUCGCCUGUAAUACUGAUUUAACCCAGUUUCGAGAUUUCUCUCUGGAUGACAUCCGUAGGGCCUUUUUCCUUGUUUUCUUCUUAGUGACAGCCUUUUUUGGAACUGGAAAUAUAGCUUCUGUUAACAGCUUUGAUCUUGCCUCUGUCUAUUGCUUUCUGACCGUGUUUAGUCCUUAUAUGAUGGGAGCCCUGAUGAUAUGGAAGAUUUUAAUCCCCUUUGUUUUUGUGAUGUGCGCUUUUGAAGCUGUUCAGUUAACUACCCAGUUAUCAUCAAAAAGUCUUUUUCUCAUGGUUAUCAUCAUAUCAGACGUUAUGGCUUUGCAUUUUUUCUUCCUUAUCAAAGAUUUUGGCAGCUGGCUUGAUAUCGGAACAAGUAUCAGCCACUACGUGAUUGUCAUGUCCAUGACCAUCUUUCUGAUGUUUCUCAAUGGCCUGGCACAGAUACUCACAACAAAGAAACUCAAACUGUGGGGCAGACCCAAAAGCCACCUGAUAUGAUGUUGCCAAAGCCAUCAUUCAGCAUCCAGAUCCUGUUUCUCAUCAGCUUGUCAACUAAAAUCUUAUCGAGGAUUCGUUCAGAAGAUGGAUAAUGAUAUAUCACAUAGUCUGCUCAUAUAAAGGAAAUUAUAUAUCGAUUCUGAAUUUAUAGGUUACCUGGAAUAAAGGAGCUUCCAUUCUCUUUAGGUUCCACAUGUAUGAAAUAGUGGUUAUGUCUGUGGACAAGCAGAGUAAAGCAUUCUCCGUUUUCAUUUUUUCCUUUAGUUGGCAACUUUUCUCACCCAUGCUUUUGAGCACCUGUGACAAUCUGGUCCCUAACUGUACAGCUUCCUGUAUUAUAUGCAAAGGAGAAUGUGCUCCUGAGGGGGUAGUUCUGGUCACAUCCAAAAUCAAUGCACUGGCUGAACUUGAAGGAAAUCACCAGGUGGCACCAUAAAUAUUUAUAAACUCCCAGCACUGGUUUUACAAGUAAUUCUAACUACUAAACCGCACUAGAAAGACAAUCAGGUUGUGUUAUUUCAUAUUUUCCUAGAGUUCCAGUAGAAAAUGUUUGCAGGUGCUUUUCAUUUUUCUCCAGUAUGCAGCAAUACUAUUUUAUGCUUUUUAGUGCUAUUUUUAGGGUUUUCAUAGUCAAUCAGGUAAAUGCAGAUUUGACCUUCACUUUUUUUUUUUUCAUUUCUAGAUUCUUAUGGAAUUGCUGAAAGUGGAAAAGUAGAAAGUGCUUGGUAUUUCGUCCUGUCCAUGAAAGAAAAAAUUUAAAUGAUUAGUUUUCAAUUAUAGACUCAGUAUCCCCAUAGCUUUAUCUCUCAUUGUUCCAACAGAAUUCCUUAAAUCACUGGUUAUACUUUGUGAUGGUAUCAUAAGAAUCAGUGUGAAAAUUGCUUUUUUUUUCUGGUUAUGAGAGUCUAGCUCAAAGGCACAGAUUUGCUCUCAUUAAAUUUCCAUUCAUAAACUAAUUUUAAUGGAUAAAAUAUUUUGAGGGUAAUUUUUAUUUGGAUUUUUCAUAAAGUGACCUUUAUAUAUAUCACUAUGGACUUGGCCUUUUGUCAUGGUGUACCAAUAAAGUUUGGCUGAUGCUAAGCUUUCUCGGUCUGAGUCCCAUUAAAAAAAUAAUAAUUGCUUUUUUUUUUUUUUUUUGGUCUUUUGUCCCUUUAACACUGCAUCUGCAUCAUAUGGAGGUUCCCAGGCUAGGGGUCUAAUCAGAGCUACCGCUGCCGGCCCACACUACAGCCACAGCAACGCUGGAUCCUUAACCCACUGAGCAAGGCCAGGGAUCAAACCCACAACCUCAUGGUUCCUAGUCAGAUUUGUUUCCACUGCACCACGAUGGGAACUCCAAUAACUGCUUUUGAAUUAAGUUAUAGCAUCACUAAUUCACAUUAAUGAUGAAGAAGCUCCCUACAAAUUAGUAGAUUUUUCAGAGUGGCAGGUGAGUAAACAAAUACAGUUAAGAAGUUUCAAAAAUCAGUUUGGUAAAAUGUACUUUAAUUCCUAUGUAUGAUGAACCAUAGUUAUGAUUAACUUGUGCUAGUACUUAAUUCCUAUGUAUGAUGAACCAUAGUUAUAAUUAAUUUGUGCUAGAAAGCAUUAUAGUACAAGUAAAGAAAGAUGUAUUGAUAGCAAUAUCAAACCUCAUGUCAAUUCAUAAUAUAAAAUCUAGGUGGACAGCUAAGAAGCUGCUGUGGCAGAAAUGGUAUUGGCAGAUGGAAAACCCAUGAACUUUCACUUUGCCUCAAAGGAUUUUCGAUCAGUCUUUUCACAAGUCAGAGAAAACUGACUUUAUAAACACUUGUUAUUCUUCCUUUUAUGUCUGGUUUUGCCUUUCAUCUUUUUUCAGAUUUUCACACAGAGGAAUUAAUGAAUAUUUUAUUACAACAUGGUAAAAGGUGCUCUAUGCUUUAUCAUUAUUUUGCUCUAUGAAGCAUGUCUUUUUCUUAAUAUUGUUUCAAGUCAAUGUGAAUUUACAAAACAGGGAUAGCUCUUGCAGUGCCGCUGGCUGGCCUUGCUAUACUGUAACACGACCUCACAGACUCAUCUGGAAACAGAGUUUGCUAGAUGGGCCUUUUAUAUUGUGCAGCUUCUCAAAAUAUCCUGGAGUGUUUUAAAAUGCAUAUUUUUAUAUUGAAUGACAGAAAAUAAAUAAAAUUUCAGUAAAAUAUA